CCAAGGACUCCACGUGCAACAAUGGCUUCCACUUACAGAGUCUUGCUCUUCCUCCUCUCCAUCCCACUCUUGUCCUCCUUCAUCUCACCAGCCUCGUCUCAGCACGAACACCCGCUCGAUCCGUUAACGCCGGCGGAGUUCUCUCUGGUUCGACGUGCGGUGAUGAGAUCGUAUGGCGCAUCGAGUGGAAAUGUGACGUUUCAAUACGUGGGUCUCGACGAGCCAGAUAAACCUCUCGUUUAUUCAUGGGUGUCGAACCAAGCUGAUAAGAUACCCCCUCGUCGUCGAGCCUCCGUGGUAGUGCGGUUCCACGAGGAAACUCAUGAGCUCGUCGUGGACUUAUCGAGCCGUCAACCAUCCGUCGUCUCCAAGGAGGUUUACCAUGGACAUGGCUUCCCUCUGCUCACACUAGAGGAGCAAACAGCUGCCAGCGAUUUACCUCGGACGCAUGACCAAUUCAUACGAUCCAUCGAAAAGAGAGGCCUCGACAUGUCCAACGUUGUGUGCUCAGAUUCCUCUGUCGGUUGGUACGGAGAGCAGAGAAGCAGGAGGGUCUUGAAGAUCCUUGCUUACUACACGAACGGCACAGCCAACUUCUACAUGAGACCCAUCGAAGGCAUAGACAUUGUGGUCGAUUUGGAUUUAAUGAAGAUAGUGAAGUAUCACGACCGCUUCACGACGACCGUGCCGAUGGCGGAGCAUACUGAGUACCGCCUGGAGAAGCAGCACCCUCCCUUCGGGCCGCCUCUGAAGGGCGCGGCCGUCGUGCAACCUCAUGGACCGGGCUUCGAGAUCAAGGGACAUAUUAUCAGCUGGGCCAAUUGGAAGUUCCAUCUAGGGUUUGACGUCCGAGUCGGCCCUAUCGUCUCAUUAGCAUCGAUCUACGAUCUCGAGAAGAGUAGAUAUCGACAGGUACUGUAUAGAGCCUACAUAUCCGAGGUCUUUGUGCCCUAUAUGGACCCGACCGAAGAGUGGUACUACAAGACCUACUUCGACAGCGGAGAAUUCGGGUUCGGAUUGUCCUCGGUGCCGCUCCAGCCGGGGGCGGACUGCCCCGAAAACGCGGUGUUCAUGGAUGGGUUCUACGCGGGCCAAGAUGGUAUCCCUGUGAAGAUACCGAACGUGACUUGCGUGUUCGAAAAGUAUGCAGGAAACAUCAUGUGGCGUCACACUGAGGUUGAAAUUCCGGAUCAGAUAAUAACAGAGGUCAGAUCCGACGUGAGCCUGGUGGUGCGGUCGGUGUCGACGGUCGGCAACUACGACUACAUUCUGGAUUGGGAGUUCAAGCCAAGUGGAGCCAUCAAAUUCGAGGUGGGACUGAUUGGACUGCUAGAAGUCAAAGCAGUGAACUACACUCACGCCGUCGAGAUAAAAGAGGAUGAAUACGGCACGAUGGUCGGAGCAAACACCAUCGCUACCCACCACGACCACUUCUUGACCUACCAUCUUGACCUCGAUGUCGACGGAAGUCCGAACUCCUUCGUCAAGACCAGAUUGAUCACGAAAGCCGUGGCCGACAAUAGCGUGCCGAGGAAGAGUUACUGGACCGUGUCGAGCGAGACGGCGAGGACCGAGUCAGAGGCGCAGCUGCGCUUGGGAUUGGAGCCGUGCAAUCUCAUCGUGGUCAACCCCAACAAGCGAACCAAAGUCGGGAACGAUGUCGGGUACCGCCUCAUCCCGGGGCCGAUCGCGAGCCCCCUUCUGUUCCGUGACGAUUACCCGCAGAUCCGCGGGGCUUUCACCAACAACAACCUGUGGGUGACUCCGUACAACAAGAGCGAAAAAUGGGCGGGAGGCCGAUACGUCGAUCAAAGCCGAGGGGAUGAUACUUUAGCGGUUUGGACCAAGCGGAACAGGAAGAUUGAGAAUGAGGACAUCGUCUUGUGGUACACGUUGGGCUUUCAUCACAUCCCUUACCAGGAGGAUUUCCCGACCAUGCCGACACUGAGCAGCGGUUUCGAGCUCCGGCCGAGCAACUUCUUCGACAGAAACCUGGUGCUCAAAACGAAAUCCCCAGAACCUGUCUCUCCGAGCUGCAAACACUAGAGAUGACCCUUUAUGGAACUGGAGUGAUCUUGACAAAGGGACUAUAGAGAUUGUCAAAUUUCAGUGCUUUAGCGCAUCCUUGAUAAGGAAUGUCAGUGUAGCAUGUUUGCAGAUGUAUGGACUAAUUCAAAGUUUACUAUUCAGUUUACCUUAUAAGGAAAAUGUGUAGAAAAUAAAGCAAUCUCUUGGAUUAGUUGGCUCAAGCAAGGCUCAGCAACGCAGAUGGUACCAACCAGAUGCUUAUGCAAUCCCUUCAUUUAGGACUCUGAAUUACUCUGAUUCAAUCCCCAAUUAAGGAUCAGAGUUCUUCCAAUUUUCGGCUAUCGAUGGAGAGGCAAUUCACAAGCUCGACACAGCUUACUGAAGUCGAAGCAGGUGACCAUGGUCA